AUGGCCCACUCCGAUCCCAAGGUUUCGCAAGAGAACGGCAGUGGAGAGAAUCAGGCAUCGACUGGUGAGAAGCAUCAGAUACAGCAUGAGUCGCCCGAUGCAAAGCGCCCAAAGACCGAAGAGCAAAAGACCCUCGAAGAUGUAGGGGUCACAUCGGAACACGCAGACGACAAGUCUGAGGAGAAGAAUGAAGAGAAGGCCAAGGUCAGCGAGAAGGAGGAGGCGGAUGCCAAAGGCGCUGUUCAGCCUGCCGAAGAACCCAAUGUCCCGUCCAACAUCCUCGAGAAAGGCAUCAUCUACUUCUUUAUGCGCGGCCGCGUAAACAUUGAGGACCCCGAGAGUGUCCAAGACAUUGCGCGUUCGCACAUCCUGCUGCGCCCUAUCGCGAAGGAUGCUCGACUGGGUGAGGGCACCCUUGCUGACGUUGGGACCACUCGAUUGCUCGCCCUUCCCAAGAAGACACUGCCUGUGAGCGGCAAGGAUCGCUUCAUGGUGUUUGUUGAAAAGUCCGGCGCCUCUUACGACGAGAUCAAGAAGGAGUUCCUUGCAGCGUCCGAGUAUGAGACAAAGACGGCCGGCACACGCCGCACCCCAGCUGCCACGCCCGUCGGCGAGGGCGUGUAUGCCAUCACGUCGACGGGUCAGGAUAGCCACUUGGCAUAUCUCUUGACGCUCCCCGAAAAGUUAGAUGAGGUGCAGGGAGAGCUAGGCCUCAAGAAAGAGGGAAGCUUCAUCAUCAGUACCAAGAACCCCCAGCAUUCUGGGCCUGCGAAUACGCAGCUGCCUGAAAGGCCUGAUUUUCCAAAAGAAAUCAUUGACGAGUUCCGAACUCUCCGCUGGAUGCCCUCGAAGCCUGCUCACUUGGACUAUGUCAAUACCCAGAUUCUACUCAUUGGGGAAUCAUCGGGUAUCAAAAAGGCCGUUGAGCCACUGAAGGAGAACGAAGAGAAGGACAAGGAAGACCCAAAGACGGUGCUCGAGAACCUCGAGGAGGAUGACUUUGAGCGUAUGAAGGACCUGGCAGAAGACGAGUCGGCUGCCAUCUUUGCAGACUUGCAUGCGCAGGCUAAGGACUACCCGAAGCUACAGACGACAGGGUUGACUCACAUCCUGCUUCUACAACGACUGUUUGACGGCCUCGAACCAAUGGCUCAACGCAAGAUACUCGUCACCGGCGCGACUGGCUAUGUCGGUGGUUCAGUUCUGACAACGCUGUUGAAGUCUGGAGGUGCCCUCAUUCAGUCAUCGGCCGUCACGGCGCUGGUCCGAAAGAAGGAUCAAGCAGACGUUCUUGCGUCUCAGGGUAUAAAGACCUCCACCUUUCGAGACUUGGAUGACUCGGAGCAUUUGAGGCGUGUUGCCGCUGAGCACGACGUGGUGAUCCAUACUGCUUCCGGGUUUCAUCUUGGCUCGGCUUUGGCGUUGAUCGAGGGACUGGGCCGGAGAAAAAUACAGAAAGGUGGCAAGGUCCACUACAUUCAUACAUCUGGGACUUGGAACCUUGCAGGUCCAGAACUGCCAAGCGAGCCAAGCUUAACCGAAUUUAAGGAAGACCAUCUGCUGGAUCAUUUGAGGAAGUUGGAAGAAGAGUCACCUUUCUCGCAACGAACCACGUUGCUCGGGGUCAUCGCAGCCGCAGAGCAGCAUGGCGUGGAGGCCCAUAUCCUCCUCCCGCCCGACAUUUACGGCGAAGGAACAGGCCUAUUCAACAAACAUACGCCACAACUCUUUGACCUUGUCAAAAAGGCCAUUGACGUGGGGUACCCCGAGUACAUUGGCGAUGGGCUCGGGGGAGCGGGCCAUGUACACAUCACGGACCUUGCUGAGCUGUACAAAGUCAUGAUAUUGCGGAUCCUACGAGAUGAGGACGUGCUCUCUGGAAGAGAUGGACUGUUCUUUACGGAAACGGGAUACCAUAACUGGUUCGACGUCGCGAAACUCGUUGGAGAGGUCGGUGUUUCCAGGGGUGUGCUCAAGUCUGCCGACCCACGAUCCAUCAUAGUAGAAGAGGCUGCGCAACGGUGGGAGGAAUCGACGAAUGGUGACCAAGGCAUUACGAAACUGUGUUUCUGCAUGAGGAACAAGACUCUGCCCAACAGAGCGUAUGAACUGGGGUGGAAGCCCGAGAAAACGGACCAUGACUGGAGAGCCUGGAUCGAAGAGGUAUUCCGUAUGGUCGAAUAG